ACUGAUCAAUAAAGCCUAGAAUGCAGAGGUUUUUCAUUACAAUUUAUUGAUCAGUAAUCGAAAAAUCAUCAAAUCAAUUCAUCUUAUCAAAUACGAGUCAAUCAAUUUCUAUUCUCUAUUUCAUAAUGUCUAUUCAACAACAAAUGUAUAAUCUUCAAAUCUUUUCUGGAAACGAAAACUGAAAAUUCGCGUUACGAUGGACAAAUUUUUGAAACCAGACAAGUUUGAUGGUGAUCCGAAUUCUCCAACAGCUUUACAAGAAUGGAACUUCUGGCUAAAGACUUUUGAGAAUUUCAUCGCAUCUUUUGACGAAGAAGACAUCGAUGAUGAAAGUCGAUGAUUUCAAUAAAAGGGUGAAUUUUGCUGUAACAUUUAUUGUGGUGGGCCUGGCUACAUUCUUUGCUUAUCAUAAUGGUCAACGAGUAUUCAACCAGAAUGAUACCCUACGUCGCGCAUUGGCCGAGCUUCCAUGGACAGACAAGCCUGAGUGGUUAAAGAAGAAUCUGCACAUCAUGAUGACCCGAGCCAACGUCGACAUCGAAAUGCGGCCCUUUGGUGUCUACACGCUCAAUUAUAUGUCAUUCAAAGAUGUGAUGAAAACGGCGUAUUCCUUUGGGAACAUUCUUUAUACAAAGAAGCUGAGUAUUCAAACACAAUAUUAAAAUUGGGAAGUAUUUCAAAAAUGAAAACCAAUGUGCUGGACAACAUAUAGGUUUUGAUUGGAGUUACUUUCUAUUGUUACAUCAAAAAUGUUUAGUCCCAGUGAAAUUGAAUGCAAGGAUAUUUUGUUAAUGUAAGAGUAAUAUCAGUUGAUAAAGUGAGUAUCCGAUUGGCCUAA